CUUAACCAUCAAUGGCGGAAUUUUUUUUAAAGAUUCAAUAUGAAUGAAAAGAUUUGCUAUAGCUGCCGAUUAAAGCUCACAUAAAUUAACUAUUGGCAUAGAUGUAUUGAAUCAAUCAACACAACAAUUAUGAAUUUAAAGAAUCUCCCUUAAAAAACGUGGCUAUCGGAAAAAUAAUAACCCCCUAAAAAAUUGAUCUAGACAUUCCAACUAGCUUAAAUAUUAAGUGGACAGAAUUGAAUCCAAAAGAAAAUAUAGAUAAUAAUGGAAAACAUAAUAAAAACAGUAUCGAGUUUAAUUCAUGACGCAAGGUGAGUAUGAUGCAUAGGAAAUUAACUUUAGACAAUGAUUUUUGAAAACAGGACCAAUUCCAGGAGCACAAAAGAUACAUGCAGUAAUUUCUCUGGGAGCUUUUUCAUGUCGUACGCGAUAGAAACUUCAAUAGAAAAUAUGGAGUAUGGAAACGAAAGUAUUACAUUUGUAAAUAUAUCGAGAUAUGUGACAUGCAUAUAUGACUCAAAUUGGUGGUUGGCUUUGGUCAUGGAAAAGAAUGAAAAAAGGAGAAAGUGUUUUUGAAAUCUUUACGCCUUUCUUUUACAUUUCCAGGAAUAGAUGACACUCAUUACCUACUUAAGUCUCAAAUUUUAACCAGUUUCACCAUCAACUCCUACAGGACGUACUCACACAUCUUCCUCGCAUGAAAUCAUUUCAAGGGAGUCAAGGAAGAGCUUAUCUAUUCAACUCAGUUGUCAAUGUAGUUUGUGGUGCCGCCGAAGAAAGAGUUUUAUUGACGGGACUUCACGCUGUAGCGGAUAUAUUUUGCGAAUGUUGUAAAACUACUCUCGGUUGGAAAUACGAACACGCAUUUGAAUCCAGUCAAAAGUAUAAAGAAGGAAAAUUCAUAAUCGAAUUAGCUCACAUGAUCAAGGAUAAUGGAUGGCUAUAGAAUUAUUAUGUUUUAUUUAAGGAAAUAUUUAUAAAAUAAUUCAUUCUCCCCUUUAAAUUUGCAAUCCAUUUUUUCAAAUUAUCCGGUUUUUUUUAAAUAAUUUUUGAUUUUUUUUAUAAACGAAGCAAUUUAUAAGAACUUGAUCUCUCAUCUCAUUAUAGUAUAAUUUAUAUAAAAAGUCCCGUGACGAAAAGAAUUUUUUCUCGCAAAGAAAAUAGCGCAAAUAAUAUAAUCUACGAGGAAAGCAUGAUAUGUGACUUGACUAAAUUAGCGCUUUGAUAAAAUAAAUUAUUUUGUAGAUGCCAUCACUCGAAAGGAAAAUGAAUUCCAAAAAAAUAUGGGCCAAUAAAUUAUUUAAUGUUGUUGUAAUCAAUCAAUAAAUAACACAUCUCAUUCACGCCCUUUUAAGUGUAUGAAUAUUUGGGGCAAAGGAAAAAAUAUUUUCCUACAAAAGCUUGUUGUUAAUUGGCUCGAUUUGAACUAAUUUUUUGAAAUGGGCACCCUAUUUUAUCCAGAAAAAUAUUACUCAAGCCUGAAUAUUUUUCUCAUGCACAAAGGUUUGGACAUUUAUUAGCGAAAUAUCGAGGCUUAGGCAAUAUUUUUCUGGCUAAAAUAUUGAGUUAGCCUUUUUAAAAAAAUUGAGCUGUUUAACCAUUUACAUUGUAACCCAUAUUUCUAAACACAUACACAUAAAAGAUUAUAGAGACUAAGUAGGCAACUUCUUAAUUAAAUCACGAUGGGAAAUUGAAAAAUUUUAAACACAUACCCUUUCUAAACCAUUUUAAAUAUGUGAUAAAUUUUUUUUGCAUAAUAAACUCAUUUCUAUACCCAACGUAUUUAUCAAGUUGCAAUAACCGUUUCAUUCAUCCAACAUUUACUUAGGAAUAAUAUUUGUGAAAAUUAUACCUAUUUGAUAUUAUAAUUUAUAUGUGUUAAUAUUACUUGUAUAUAAUUUAAUAUGUAACGUAAAUUUAUUUUACCCACUCCCCUUUUUUAAAAUUACAUCCAAAGUUGAUUUACUUUUCCAGAGCAAUCAUGUAUUAAGAUGCAUGUCCUUAGUUUUUUGUUGGACAGUUAUAUCUUUUAUCAUUGACAAAAUUUAAAUCAACUUUUGACGUAGCCUUAAAUACAUAUUUGAAAAGUAUUUUGAUUUCCUAUAAAUUUAUCCUAAUAUAUUAUAAUAAUAAAUGUCAUCAUUUUAUUUUUAAAAAUAAAUUUAUUAUACAUUUUAUGAAAUUUUUAAAAAAGUACACAUUUCUCUUUAAAAUCUAUUUAUAACAAACAUA